AUGAGUCAGAAUGGCAUUAAACAUAUUAAAGUAUCACCGUUUCAUCCCGCCUCUAACGGUCAAGCAGAGCGGGCAGUUCGUGUAUUCAAGGAAGGAAUAGCGAAAAUGGAGGGAGGAAGUCUAAAAACCAAGCUGGCUAGAUUUCUUCUCAAGUAUCGUAUCACCCCACAUUCCACUACGGAAGUUCCACCGGCUCAGUUGAUGAUGAAUCGAAAACUACACACUCAUUUGGACCUACUCCAUCCAAACGUUAGUGACCGAGUCCUGGAAAAGCAAACACAACAAAAAUCAUCCCAUGAUUACCAUGCUAAACAUCGGGAGAUACAAGUGGAUGACACUGUUUAUAUCAAAGAUUUCAGGUGUCCAAAAUCUUGGAUGUCGGGAACUGUGGUUGAGAAAACUGGUCCUGUUUCUGCUAGAGUGAGGCUGAGCACUGGUGAAAUAAUGCGAAGACAUCAAGAUCAUAUCAGAAUUCGUACUGAUCAGGAUCUAACCCCACAAGUGGACAGUGGAAGUCAGGAGAUCGUUCCCCUGGAGACACCCUUAGUUUCUAAUGAUAUUCCCCGGAGCCCAGCACCACAGUCACCUGCAGCAGCACAACCGUCUAUCUCGGAAGAAGUGAGACAACCAACCGAGUUUAGUCCGCAAAAGAGACGUUCUACACGAAUUCGUCAAAGACCUAAACAUUUAGUAGAUUAUGAAGUUCAAUAUUAG